GAUCAAGCUUAAGAAUUUAAACAGUAAUUAACUGCAAACAGAUUUACUUUCUGGCAUAGCAUGGCAUUCAUUAAAGUCUGUAGCUGUUUUACGAUAUUGCGCUUUGGGAGCGAAACAAAGUGAAAUAUGUUAUUAAUAAAAUUUCUAGGUUGUUUAAGAUAAAACGAUGGCUACAAUGUUGAGUGAAGCGCCUACGAAUUAGUCCGCUGGUGAUGUAACGGUGACGCUUAGGUUGACGACUUACAGGGGAGUGUAGGAAUAAUUUGAUAUCAAAUAAACACUGUAUUACUGCAGUAUACGUUUUAGAGUGGGCCCACAGAGAAGCAUGCACAUGGAGAACAAGGAGAAUGCAGAAAAGCCAGACCACAGCGCUGCUGAGGUGCAAGUGCCAUGCAAACCCGAACUGCGUGGCCGUCUCAGAGCCACCAGUGAGAGGGCCAAGAAGUUGGGCGAGAGUCCACAGGUUGUGGAUUCUAUAGAGUAUACAUGUGCUGCGUGCCAGCGCAACUUCACGAACCUCUCGGGUUUCAGACGCCACCAGAAAUUCUGUCAAGGAACAGGCCCUGCUGUUUCCUCUGUGGGGGAAGUGACUGUGGCAAAGGUUGAGGCAAUUGAAGCAGUGGCUGAGCCAGAGUUGCAGGUAAUGGGACCUGCAGACCCCCUGGCCUCCGAUGUGAUGGAUAGUGCACUUAGGGAGAAGAUGAAAGGAGUGAUGCUGACAAAGGUAAAUGAGCUGAUUGAUGAGACGACGGCAACAGGCCCAGGCAAGUGCCACUGCUGUGGGGAGGAUCUGGAGACAGCACACCUGGGAGGUGAGUUUGAGUGUGUGGACUGCGCAAAGAAUUUCAAAUUGAAGUCGAGUCUGGAGCGACACCGACGUGUGAUCCAUUUGGAAGGUGACACGUACUCCUGCCCAGAAUGUGAGGCUCGUUGCCCUGACAAGGGCACUCUGGCUCGGCACAUGUACACACACACAGGGCUGAAGCCAUACUCGUGCACACGCUGUAAUAAGCAGUUCAGUCGCAAGUACCACCUGGAGCGCCACAUCAUCCAGACAGGAUGUGAUGGCAACCCCCGACCCUCACAUCCUUGUCAGGUGUGUGGACGUAUGUUCAGUCGCAAGGACAACUUGCGUGAGCAUCUGCGUGCACAUGCGGGCCAGGUGAAGCGCAAGAAGAAAUACAACUGUCAGCAUUGCAACAAGGAGUUCCAUGGCACCACAUUGCUCCAGAUACACAUGCGCACACACACAGGGGAGAAGCCAUACCAGUGUGACUUCUGCAGCAAGAGCUUCCCAUCCAGCGGUGCCAUGAAGAAGCAUCGACGCAUGCAUACAGGGGAGCGGCCAUAUGAGUGUAAAGAAUGUCUAGCUAAGUUUGCGGCAAAGGAGACACUGAACCGCCAUGUAAGGACUCAUACAGGGGUAAAACCCCACAGCUGCCAGUUCUGUGGCAAGAGCUUCAUACAGGCCUCACAGUUACGAGCUCAUAUUUUCCAUCACACAGGAGAGAAUGGCUAUACAUGUGAGCACUGUGGCAAGGCUUUCAAUCGUCGGUCCCGCCUCAUCAUGCACGUCAAGUAUGUUCACGAGGGAGCCAAGCCAUACGAAUGCGAACAGUGUACCAAGACUUUUGUGCGCAAGGAAGACCUCGCUCGCCACGCAGUGCUGCAUACUGGGAUCAAAGCACACAAAUGCCCAAUCUGUGAGAAGUGUUUUGCAAUGAAGUCAUCCCUGAAGAUUCACCUGCUAACACACACAAAGGAACCACCACGAUCAUGUGAUGAGUGUGGACGGGCAUUCAUACGGCAGGACUGCUUGUUGCGUCACAUGCGUACCAAGCACCGUGAUAUGUUGGAAGAAAUUCUUGCAGAAGCAGAAAAGAAGAAGUUGCAGCAGCAGCUGUUGGCUGCAGCUGGUGGUGGAGAUGUGGGGCCCUUGCCCCCCUGCAGGGAUCCGGUACCCACAGCAACUACGGCAACCACUGAGCUGAACAGUGGCACCCUUGGUGAGAGUGCACUUGCGGACUCAGUACGAGAGUUACUCACAUUGCUGGUGGAUGAAGCCACGCUCAAGGCAUUUGGGUGGCCAGGUGCGCCUGUUGACCGACUGCUGGAGGCUGUGAUCAGACGCUGUGGCCAUCAGCCUGUGGGAGCUGGUGAUGAUUUGCCGUAUACUGACCGUCUCAGAGAGAAUGCCAAGUUGCUGUUCACUGUAGUGAUUGAUGAUUCUGCUGUUAAAACACUGCUGAACAACCAGACUGUUGAUGAGGUCAUCCUGCAUGUUCUGCGUCUUGCAAAAUCUUAAUUAAGCCCUUUGUACAUGAAGUAGAUACUCAAGUGCCUUAUCUCGUACACAUAGCUUGGAACAAUAAAUGUCGGAAUAUAAUAUGCAUGAUAAAAUUUAAUGUAGGUUAACUGUCCUGAAUUUGAUCAGAAUUGAAUGAGGUGGUAGAAGAAGUUUAAUUUGUAUCUGCUGGCAACAGCUUGGACCAGUGCUGCUUGAAAUCACAUUUACAUACACAAUUUCAAUGUAGUCAUACAUGUUGUCUAUGAGGGCUUCCCCCCCCCUUUUUUUGCAUAAGUGAUAGUUCACACAGUAAUAAAUUAUGAUGAGAACAUACAAAGACAGUUCAUAGUUCUGAAUUAAAUUUCAGCAUAUAUUAUUUAUAUUCUUUCUCUAAAGAAAUGUCUUCUGCAAGAUAUGACAACAGCUCGCUACAAAUAUUUAUAUCAGUGAAACCUCUAUUUUACACUUUUAUACUAAAAUAAACAUAAAAUUUAGGAAAGUAAAACUUAGGAAAAUGUAAUGCAAAGAAUAUGAGUAACUUGAUACCCUAACUUUGGUGUACCUCUCAAAAUGUAUAUGUGAAUACAAUGAUGAUGUAGAUGCAAGUACGUUAAUCUA